AGGAAAGGCUCAGACAGUGUGGGAGGCAGCUGCAUUAACAGCGCUCUAUCCAGCCCAGCUGUGUCACAGCCGCAGUCACCAAGCCUGCCUCUGUGUGUGCAUAGGCAAGGCAAGGGUUAGGAUAAGGGUGGAACUUCUUCCUCUAUAUAUAACCAACCUACAAGGCAAAGAGUUCUCAACUCAGAUUAAGAAAACUUCUGAACAGUAGACAACCAUCAGGAUAACACAGCAGGAAUCUCAAGUUCAUAUUUAAAAGUGGAAGCUACCAUGUCCCAAGUAAUACCUAACCAUGUGUUGCGAGUGGGACAGACGGUUGGCAUGGCACCCAAAGAAGACGGAGGUGGGUUCAGACAAGUGGCACACCCAAGAGGUCUAUCGAUGACUACCAAAUGCUCCUAUUACACCUCAGAGCGGUCUGUUGGGCAGAUGACAACACAGGUCAGUGGCCACAGGUUGGCUGACACAGCUCUUUACUGUGGACCAAUGAACUCAAACUCUGGUUCCUUUAACAAGGCUGCCGAGAAAGGGCCUCACAUUGUCAAGGAUGGUCAGCAAACAUUAUCAUGGAACAAUAGCACUAACCAACAGAAGGCUAUGAAUGGAUCAGAAGUAGAAGUCAAUGAGGAAGAGGCAAUGUCUCCAUCACUGGAUAUAUCUAUAGACAAUCUCAACCAGCUUAUCUUACAGUUGGAUCCCACCUUCCAACCAUUGCCUGUUAACACCGAUCUAAUAAGGAAAAAACGGGAACCUUCACCCUGUAGACCAGUUACAGCCAAAACCACAAGCCCUCCAGCAAUAAAAUGCGUGGAGAUGAAUCCUACCAGAGGAGUUGCUCAUGAGAACAUACAACGAUCUGCAAGUCCCACACCAAAGUUUGAGGGCAUACUAAUUUCACGGGGAACAGAUAAUAACUGCACCCCAAAUUGUAGUCUCAUCUUCUGUGAACCUCAAUCCCAUGCCAGCAGGCGCCAAGAUCAGCAUCAGGGUUCAUCUACUGGAGUUUACCGCCAAGCCGCGGAAACCAUCGCUGUCCCAAGUACAAGGUCACGUCAACCAAAUUCUGUUUUGUCCUCAUCACUUGGCUCGGACAGUUCAUUCUACACAAGGCCCUCAUUCCACACCAGUGAUAUGUCAGUCUUGUCCACAAGUCCAGGAUCAGACACCAGCUAUAUUAUGGGAAGCACCCAUUCUCUUCCAUACGAUGACACAGAUGGCCACCAAUAUUCUUCAAGAAUGUCAGAAAGCCCAGUUGGGUCAGUGGGGUCGUUUUCCAAUUUAAACAGUCCAGCAAUAAUGUCACCUACCACUCCCAUUCAUCGCUUUGACCACCAUGGCAGUUUUUAUCACUCCAAAAUGUCUUCUCAUGCUUCUACAAAAGGUCAUGCCAACAGCUGCCCCCCAUCUGUCAAUAAUUCCAGUAUGGACAUCCCCAUCCUUCUGGUCAAUGGUUGUUUAGAGAAUGAAGACCUCUCCACAAAAUCCUCCAGAAACCUAAUGAAUGGACCCAAAAGAAGAGUCUCCUCAAGUUUCAAUAAAACAUACUCCGAGUCUUCCAUCCCAACAUGUUCAGACAGCACUGUAAAAGAUGGUCAGCCUGGCAUGAAAUUUAUUAUGGACAAGUCCAAGCUUUGGUUUAGGCCUAGCAUCAAUCGUGACCAAGCUAUCGAGUAUUUAAAGGACAAGGAGCCAGGAACUUUCAUUAUCCGCGAUAGCACAUCCUACCGUGGAUCUUUUGGGCUUGCCAUGAAGGUUCCAGGAACACCCUUCAAAACAGAUAACACAACAAAUGAGGAAGUCCGACAUUUCCUGAUUGAAUCGUCUGCAAAAGGAGUCCAUCUGAAAGGUGCCGCAGAGGAGCCUUACUUUGGGAGCCUCUCUGCAUUGGUAUACCAGCACACAAUUACCCCAAUAUCUUUACCCUGCAAACUGCGCAUUGCUGACAAAGGGAGCGAUGGAGACAGCAGCCCAGAAUCUCUUCCAGAUGCUACAUCAGAGCUCAAGACUUCAGCCGCAUGCAAUGUCUUGUAUCUGAACUCCAUCAAUACUGAAACCCUGACUGGAUCCAGUGCCAUCCAGAAGGCAGCGAGCGUCACUUUAGCGAAGGCCGACCUUCAGGUGCCCACUAUCGUAAACUUUAAAGCCACUGAACAGGGAGUGACCCUGACCGACAUCCAGCGCAAAGUGUUUUUCAGACGUCAUUACCCUGUGUCGACCCUCAGUUUCUGCAGUGUGGACCCUGACCUCAGAAAGUGGCAGAGACAAUGUAAAUCUUCAAGGAUAUUUGGCUUUGUGGCAAAGAAUCCAACAGAUCCAUCAAACAACGUGUGCCAUGUCUUUGCAGAAUAUGAUGCUAUUCAGCCUGCCUCUCCUCUCAUUAGCUUCUUAACAAACUUGAUUCAACAGCAAGAAAGAGUCUAGCUGCUGUUUUCACAGCUACAAGUGUGGUUUUUAUAUAUGGAUUCUUAUUUAUUGUAUGGGACAGCAGUGCCGCACGCUCCAUUCUCUUUCGUACUCUAGACUCAAGCAUCAUUGUAUCACUUUUCUUGGAUUCCAAGGGCAGCAAACUACCUAUGGAUGCCUUCAUAUACUUUCAACUAAAGAGCAAUGGGAUAUUUAUUCUUCAUUAAACGUCUUGUGAACAUUUGGUCGUUUUGGCCUCAAGAGACAAACUGGUUCAGGAGCAUUGAAACUAUUCAUCUUCUAUGUCCUCUGCCACACACAGCAGGGGUAGUUGUGGCACAUGAACCAAUAUUUAACUCCAAAUGGCUGAGUUAAUUGUAUGUAGAGUGUUAUUGAAUUUAAAUAUGUUCCAGGAAAUAAGACUUUCCUAUAAAACUCAAUUACAACUGAAUACUUUGAAUACAAUCUGAGACUUUACCUGCAGGUGGCACUGCAGGAUCUGAAGUCGAUGUUUCCAGCUGCUCAAAUGGAGAAGGCGGGGAAAGGAUUUCAAUUUUCAUAUAUCGUAUUACACAACUUUAGCAACAUGUUAAGAAGUCAGCAUCCAACACAGACUUGAAUGGCUUCUCUAGCUAGUACAAUUAGCAAUAACGCAAUGGUUAUGCAAAAAAAUGUAGAACAAGUUAAAAAAAUGAGUUAUUCAUAUUUAAGUGUCCAUGCUUAGCAGAAAUUAUCAUAAUGAAACAAUAGAUCAUAUUGCAGCUUAACAUAUUGGGGUGCAGAUUAGAAAUACAUUUGUUAUUCACUUAAAAGCAAUCCAUUUGAAGCUAGGACAGGUCUGAAUCUACCAUUACUAGGUAGGGUCAAGUUUAAACUUCCUGUCCACCUAGGCAAAAUGUCUUGUGCCCAGUCCAGUUGACUGGAAAACCUUAUUACAUUAUCAAGAUAAGAAAUCAUAUUCAGACAAAGCAUGCAAUGGUUGAGAACAGAAUUAAAGAGACUGUUAAUUUUGUAUCAUGGCUGGAACCAACCAGAGAGAAGGACAAACUAACAUAAGAUGAUCGUUAGCCAAUUUUCAGCUGGAUCAGUCGAUCUAGAUCAGCCUUUCUCAAUCUGGGUUACAUGGAUCACUAGAUUUCCUCCAGAAGUUGCUAGGGCUUCCAUAAGGAACUUACAAUUCAUGUGAGAUAAGUAGCCACUGACACCAAUUACCUUUAUUGGCUAUCUGUAAGGGGGCAUUCUUGCCACUGUCCACCAAUGUAAGGAACAUUCUUCUGCCUGGCUGCCAAUGUAAGGAUGCAUUGUUCCCACUGAUCACCUAUGUAGGGAGCAUUGUGCUCACUGACCCCCAUGUUAAGGUACCAUGAGCUAACAAUAAAGUAAUUAGUUGAAGGAGUUCCCCAAGAGCUGAAAGUUAUUUCAAGGGUUCCUCUAUGAUAGAAAGAUUGAGAACCGCUGAUCUAGAUUAUAGGGAUCUCUCUUAUUGUUUCCUGCUAUUGCUAUUUUUUUAUUACCUAUUACUGGUUGUGCUUGUUAGUUAAAUAUUUUAGGUAUUAUUUUGCCUGUACAACCUUCCCUUGUCAUCUAUCACCAUGGAAGAUUUUGAAAUUGUAUAAAUCAAUGCAAAUACUUAUAACAAUCUCAUAUUUUGGGGCACCAUCAAACAUCCCAAGUCAACCAAUCUUGAAUAUUAGGCAACAUUAAAAACUUUGCUCAGUUGUUAUAGUUUCUCUGUGCUAAUCUUUGGAGCAUAAACUCAUGCCCAUCUAUGCAGAUUGUGCAUGUUUAUGCAUGAAACUUCAGAACAGGCCUCUCCCUCUCAUCAUGCCUAUAUGUCCAAUUGCCAUCCUAUGGCCACCUAAGAGGCAGUUUAUUCUCUGCAUGGUUGUCUAGAUAAAUGGUUGCUUUAUAAAUUACAUUUUAACUGAUAGGAGCUGUGUUUGGAAUACUGUGGCAGGAGCAGAGAAGCUAGAUAGUACUACAUAGAAAGCAUACAAAGAAAAAGUGUGCAAUGAAUAGGUGGUUCUUAUCCAAGGAUUUUGUGUUGCUCUAGACCUCUUCAUUAUAAUUUGUUCAUAUUUGAUUGGUUGCUAUGGAUGACACCCUCCUCUUCAGUUGCCGUAGGUGUUCCAUAAAUUCCCCUGUAUAUAGGGAAUAACACUCAGUGUUAAACCCGUAAGCACAGAGUUGACUGCAAGCUUUGUGGGAUAAGGUUCUGGACUUAUAUGAAUAUAUUUCCUCCUCUCAACAUCAUAUCUAUAUUUACCUGUUUAUGGAUCGAAAGAUACGGAGAACAAAUCAACCGGCACACUAUUUUCCUGAACUCAUUCCUUCGAUGCACUUUGUCCAUGUUGGACUUUGUUUUGUUUAAUAGUCUUUUAUUCUAUUUAUUCUUUUUUAUACUGUGUAGAAUAUUGCUUUGUAUUUACUAAAUAAAUAUUUGUGUGGACCAUGUA